AUGACAAUGUUUUACAGACGGACGCUCACUAAUCUCGAUAUAUUAGAACAUGCAAGUGACAUUCCAUACUUUCGCGGCGUUUUCAUGAGAAAUAAUUUACCUUUGAAACCGAGAAAGAUAGAAUGUGGAAUACUGAAUUUGGAUAGCUACAGAAAUUCUGGAACGCAUUGGGUAGCCUUUGUAAAGCACAAUAAAUACGUAGAAUAUUAUGAUAGUUUUGAGCCGUUGAUGGGUUUAAAGGAGUUCAGAGACGUGGCUCCAUUAUUUAUAAUUGAUUGUUCAAGACAACAUGAAACUUUAAAAGGUUCGAUCGAUGUGAGAGUUGAAAUCGAGACAGACCAAGAAAUACCAGAUCAGACAACCGCUUAUUGCUUGAUAAUAAACGACUGUAUAUUCGAAUACAAACCACUGAGUAAUAUCGUUAAGAAAACACCAUGA